AUGGGAUUGUCAUCCCGCCAGUGCUUGUCUAAUGUCCCCAAUAGCUUUAUUUUAGUUCUAUUGUUGUUUCAUGUUCUUGGGGCUAGCUCCUUAUACUCUAGGCAGCAGCAGACACCUACUUGCCAUGGUGAGGAGAGCAGUGCCUUGCUGCAAUUUAAGCAAAGCUUUAUCAUUGAUCCAUCUGCUUCGAGUGCUGAUGGUUCUUAUCCAAAGGUCUCAUCAUGGAAGGCAGCUGAAGGACAACAAAAUAGCAAUUGCUGCUCAUGGGACGGGGUCGAGUGUGAUGAGGAGACUGGUCAUGUUAUUGGUCUCGAUCUUAGUAGCAGUUGUCUCUAUGGCUUUAUCAACUCUAGCAGCACCCUCUUCCGUCUUAUUCAUCUUCAGAGGCUGAACCUCGCUGAUAAUCACUUCAAUUACUCUCAAAUUCCUACCACCAUUAGGAAAUUUCCAAGGCUCAGGUAUCUCGAUCUCUCUCACUCUGUCUUUUCUGGUGAAGUCCCAUCUGAAGUUUCACAGUUGUCAAAGUUGUCAACACUUGAUCUAUCUGUCAAUCUUGAUACAUUUACUGGUGAAACAUUGUUGAAACUGAAUGCAUCCACUAUGAGAAGACUAGUUCAAAACUUAACUAGUCUACAAAAGCUUCAUCUCAGUUUUAUUAACAUAUCCUCGCCAGUACCCCAUUCUCUGGCAAAUUUAUCUUUUUUGACAUCUCUCCUCCUUAGAGAUUGUGGGAUCUCUGGUGAAUUUCCCCUAAGAAUUUUUAAAUUGCAAAGCUUAAAAACUCUUAGUGUGAGGUUCAACCAAGAUCUCGUUGGUCAUGUGCCUGAAUUUAAUAGAAGUAGUCCUCUCGUGUCAUUGGGACUUGCCAGCACUAGUUUUUCCGGAAGCCUGCCUUCUUCGAUUGAAAAGCUUGAUUCAUUGAAUGUGUUGGAUAUCAGUGCAUGCAGUUUCUCGGGGAUGAUUCCAUUUUCAGUUGGUAAUCUUAAGCAGCUCAAUUAUUUGGGCCUUUCAAAAAAUAGAUUUACUGGUCCAGUCCCUGCGUCCUUAGCAAACCUCACCCAACUUACAUAUUUGUCACUUUCUUAUAAUAAUCUUAGUGCUGGUUCCUUAUCUUGGGUUGGUAAGCAAACCAAACUUGCUCUUCUAGAACUUGACCGCAUCAAUUUAAGUGGUUACAUCCCGUCUUCUCUUAGCAACCUCACAGAGCUCAAUUAUCUUUAUCUUCGUAGUAAUGAGCUAACCGGUCCAAUCCCAUCUUCGCUAGGUAACCUUAGUAGACUAGUUGGCAUAAAACUUUUUCAAAAUAAAUUUUAUGGACCAAUUCCCGAGUCAUUCUACAAUUUCAUAAACCUCCAAACCCUUGAGCUAGAUCGCAAUAGUCUGAGCGGUGUUGUGGAGUUUGACGGGUUUCUCAAGUUACAAAAUGUCAAUGAAAUCGUUUUAUCUGAUAACAAAUUGAAGUUGCUCACUCAGUCCAGAUCUCCAAAUGUAAGUGUUCCACAGCUUAGUACUCUAGGGUUGAGAUCAUGCAGCAUAAGAGAGUUUCCAGAUUUCCUAAGAUACCAACAAAAAUUACAGUGGCUGGAUCUUGGUGGAAACAAUUUGCAUGGACAAGUACCGAAAUGGAUGUGGAACACAAGCACCGAAACUUUGCAGUCGCUGCUCAUUGAGGGGAACUUCCUUUCAGGCUUUGGCCAACCUCAAGCUGACCAACAUCUAGUUGUUCUUCCCUGGCUUAACUUACGUCUGUUGAGUUUUGUGAACAACUCGCUACAGGGACCCUUACCAAUACCUCCACCAUGCAUCGAAAUUUAUUAUGCUUCGGAUAACAAACUAUCUGGAGAAAUUUCACCAUUGAUCUGCUCUCUGACUUCUAUUCAGUUGCUUGACUUGUCAAAUAACAAGUUGAGUGGCAUGCUUCCACAGUGUCUUGGAUACUUUAGUGACUAUCUGCAGGUCUUAAGACUUGGAAACAACUCUUUUCAAGGCAUUCUUCCCCAAGUGUACAGCCAGAGAAGCAUACUCAAGAUGAUUGAUGUUAGUCACAAUCAAUUACAGGGGAAAUUACCAAGGUCAUUGGCUGACUGUGUGAUGCUCGAGUUUCUUGUUCUCUCAAACAAUGAUUUCAGUGAUGUAUUCCCUUUUUGGUUGGGGACUCUUCCGGAGUUAAAAGUUUUGGCAUUGCGCAAUAAUGACUUCCAUGGUGUGUUAGGAAAACCUGAAUACAGUCGUGGUUUCUCCCAGUUGCGCAUUUUUGAUCUGUCUUACAAUAAUUUCACAGGUGAGCUUCUGAUUGACUACAUCUUUUCUGAGAAUGCUAUGAUGAGAGUGGACAUCAGUGUAAACCGGUCAACAUAUAUGAGGGCAAACGUUAAUUCUGAGGGCAGUGGCAUUAACAUAUAUAUUGGUUUUGCUUACUCAAUGAGCAUUGCAGUUAAAGGUUUGGAGUUGUACUAUCCAAAGAUUCAAGAAGCCUUUGCAGUCAUUGAUAUCUCAAGCAAUAGAUUUGAAGGGAGGAUUCAUGAAUUCAUUGGGAAUCUUAAGGGGCUUCGCUCUCUCAACAUCUCCAAUAACAUUUUCACUGGUUCCAUUCCAUCGUUCUUGGGGAACUUAACACUGCUUGAAUCAUUGGAUGUUUCCCAAAACAAGCUCUCAGGGGAGAUUCCUCAGCAACUGGUGCAGCUCACUUUCCUUGCCAAGUUCAAUGUCUCCCAUAACAAUCUCACCGGUCCUAUACCACAUGGAACCCAGCUCACUUCUUUCGACAUCACCUCCUACGAAGGCAACUCAGGAUUGUGUGGAGAUCCAUUGCCGGAGAAAUGUGGAAAUCCUUCACUUCCACCUUCAAGUGUGGAAGACAAUGAUCCAAUUGAAUUCGAUUGGAAGUUUGUUGUCGCAGGAUUUGGAAGUGGGUUGGUAGUAGGAGUAGUUCUUGCAGACCUUUUCAUCACAAGGUUUCGUGAAUGGUUUAUCGAGAUUGUUGGAAUGAUCACACCAAUGAAAAGGAGAAGACAGAGGAGAAACUAAAAUUGAUGAGACGUUCUAUUACAAGGUUAU